GGAAAGUGUGUGUUUGCUGUGAUGGAUCAACAGUCCUGCUUCAUGAUCAUUGAUCUGCGUUUGCUUGAAUCGUUUAAAGGAACACUGAAGAGAAGAAAUGUCAAGAUUUCCACCUGGAUGAUUUACUCAUUUAAGUGAUUAAUAUCAGGAUAAAUCUCAGAAUGUGGAAGAGAGAGGCUGGUUUGUGCUUCAUUGGUUUGACUACAUGGCUGCUUCACUGCUGUGUUUUCAUGAAUCUGGUCAGUGGAUACUCAGUAAAGAACUGUACCGUCAGAGGGUCUUUGAAAUAUGCACAAAACAUAAAUGUGUUCUGUAAUAAGAGGAACCUGCAUUUUAUACCAAGGAAUAUACCGGACAAAGCCACAUAUCUGGACGUGUCUGACAAUGUCAUACAGAAGAUACACCAGGAGUAUUUCUCUCAUCUGUCUAAUCUUAAAAGUUUUAUUGCACUACACAACAGGAUCCGGGAAGUGGAGGACGGAGCGUUCAGCAGUUUGGUGGCUUUGCAGGAGUUGAAUCUGGCCUUCAACAAACUGACAGACAUCUCUGGAGGAAUGUUUCAGGAUCUGAGAAAUCUCACUGUGUUGCAUCUAAAUGACAACUUGAUCGCAAAUAUCAACAUCUCUGCAUUUUCACCCCUGAUCAGUUUAAGAAAAGUAAAUCUGUCCAGAAAUCAUCUGAAGCAAAUAAGCAAAGUUCAGCCACUUUUUUCAUUACCUCAAUUACAGGAAGUGCACAUUGGGAGCAAUAACUUCAGCUCUUUUCAGACCUCGGAGGUGUCCAACAUAUCUUUGAGACUGAAAGUCCUGGAUUUAUUUCAGAAUCCUUUGGAAGUGUUCAGUGUCACUGCAGAUAUUUUCCCUCGCCUGGAUAAUUUGAGCUUGGCUUUUAUUGCUGAGAACAUGACAUGGGAUGUGCAGGACAGAAGCUAUCUUCAAAGCGUGCGACAUCUGAAUCUAAGUGGAAUACAGCUGCCCGUGGAGAAGAUCACAGAUCUCCUGCAGACCUUCAACUCUUCUCUGGCCAGCCUGAGGCUACACUCUCUGGGGGAUGUAAAGGUGAAAGCUUUGAUGAGGAACGUCUGUCUGAUUUCUUCUCUGAGAUUUCUGGGCUUGCAGGGGAACAACAUUACAUCCAUAUCCAAAGACGAGAUGCAGUUCUGCACACAGUUAACUGAGCUGGAUCUGUCCAACAACGGACUGAACAGCGUUCCUGCUGUCAUCAGCAGCCUGUCGGGUCUUCAGUUUUUGGACCUCACCUUCAACCAUAUAAAGAGCAUAAGUCGUGUUGAUUUUGCCAACUUAACCCAAUUACGGACCCUUCAGAUGUACAGUAAUUAUAUAUCUUUUAUUGACGACUUUGCUUUUAAAGAUCUGAAAGGCUUAGAAACUCUAAUGAUUGGAUCUAACAGACUCGUUCUCAAUGGAUAUUUUAAAAAAGAUCUUCAAAAACUUACGAUUUUGGAUCUAGCGAAUAACAAGCUGGACACGGUCCGUAGGGGAGAUUUUGAGUCCUUAAAAUCCCUGAAGAAUUUGUCUCUUCCAGACAAUCAAAUCUCAUUUAUUGAAGCGGGGUCCUUCGAUGGAUUGACAAAUUUAAUUUUCCUGAAUUUGCAAUCAAACAAGCUCUCUCGGGGUUCAAUAAAAGACUCUGUGUUCUCCAGACUCCCAAACCUGAAAACCCUUCUGUUGAAUAAUAACUAUAUCUCAUAUGACAACCAGAAGCCUCUUGAUCAUCCACCCUUUCAAAAUCUGAGAAAGCUAAAGACUCUGAACAUUUUUAGCCAAGGUCAUAAAGGAAUGCGUAAUCUGCCCUCAAACCUUUUCAAGGGACUGAAGUCUUUGGAAAAACUUCAAGCAGAGAAUCUCAAUAUAAACUCUUUAGAUCCAGACACAUUCACUUACACUCCUUAUCUGUGGGAACUGGAUCUCAGCAGGAAUGAACUCCUUUCACUCACUACGAGAAUAUUUCUGCCCCUCGAGGUCCUCAAGACACUCCACCUGUCCAAAGUUGGCUUGCAAUCUUUGGACUUUCUCAUUAACGCAAAUCUCAGUAAACUGCAUCUGUUGCAUGUAAGCACGAACGCCUUAUCCGUCAUUAACGAGACCUUGAUCCGGUCUCUGCCGACUCUGAUUUACCUUGAUCUGAGAGGAAAUUAUCUCUCGUGUGACUGUACCAACGCCUGGUUCGUCAACUGGACCAUCAGUAGCAAUGACACCGAAGUCGAGAGUGCUUAUGAACUCACGUGCAAUUACCCAGACAAACUCAAAGGACACAAACUCCUGGAUCUGGAUGUGGAUUCAUGUAACGUAGAUGUGGGGUUCUUCUGCUUCAUUUCCACAGCCACACUAGUGUCAAUGACCCUUCUUGGCUCUUUUCUCUUUCACUUCCUCAGAUGGCAGGUUGUUUAUGCCUACUACCUUCUCCUUGCUUUCCUCCAUGAUAACAAACAGCAGAGAAAGCCCAACGGUCUGCAGUACGAUGCUUUUAUUUCCUAUAAUGUUCAUGAUGAAUUGUGGGUAAUGAGGGAACUGUUGCCUCAGCUGGAAGGCGAGCAGGGCUGGAAGUUGUGUCUGCACCACAGGGACUUUGAACCAGGCAAACCUAUCAUGGAUAAUAUUGUUAACGGCAUUUAUAGUAGUCGCAAAACCAUCUGUGUGAUUAGCCGUCACUACCUGGAGAGUGAGUGGUGUUCCCGAGAGAUCCAGGUUGCUAGUUUCCGUCUCUUUGAUGAGAAAAAAGACGUUCUCAUCCUGGUGUUCCUGGAGCAUAUUCCGAGUCAUCAGCUGUCUCCGUACUACAGGAUGAAGAGACUAAUCCAGAAGAAGACCUAUCUCAGCUGGCCUGAACCCGGAGAGGACACCAGGGUCUUCUGGCAGAAGCUCAGAGUUGCUCUGGAAAACAAAGACUCCUCAGAAAUGGAGCAUCUUGGCUGGGAUUUAGGGAUCAUCUAACUGAACCUAACUGAAGAAAAUAUUCUGCGACUUUAUUUUUAUGUAUAGCCUUUUCCCACCUUCCUAGACUAUGAUUGAUUAUAAUGAUCUCCUCUUUUACACAUUUAUUUCUCUUUAAAUCAGGGAUAACUGACUUUAUAUCAUUUUUCAUUAACACUAUAUUUUUGUGUCAUUGUUUAUGUUCCCAGUUUCUGAUUUUCCAGUGGGUCCUUCAGUGUUUAAAGUUGCUCUUUAUAGUUUUAAAUAUUUAGGAGUAAUAAUUACACACAAGUGUUUGGAUCUUUUCAAGACCAAUUCAAAAAUGUGCAGAAAGAUUUUGUUCGGUGGUCAUCUCUUCCCCUCUCUAUGGCUGGUCACUCUACACGAUCCCAGACGAGGAUUAAGGGUCUAAAAGUAUAUAAUGUAAAUGUAUUUUUUCAAUCCUGAAUGAACAGGAGAAAAGAUUAGCGUUUUCUCAGGCAUCACCAUCUUUAUUAAUGCGCAUCUAAAUGUCUUAUUAAUAUGAAAGACAUGCUCCAUUCAUUAGCCUAAAGGACAUUUCUACAAACACAACUUCUCUACAGGGUUAUUUCAAUAAACUGAUCUCAGGGAGUUAGUAACGUAUCGCUGUGCAUGUAAACGUCUCAGUGUUUCUUACCAACAACAUCUGAAGAAUAAUCAUGUUGAAAUAAAUAAGGAAAUAACGUC